UGUAGGCGCUGCGUCAGUCAAGCAACGUGAAACGUUUCUCACUGUCAAAACAACUUCUGUCGUCACGUGACCCCUGACGCACCGUCCUCCACUCUGCGCUGAUGCAGGGGGAGGGGGGGGGUUUCCAUCAUGGCGUCGAUGCAGAAACGGCUACAAAAGGAAUUAUUAGCUCUGCAAAAUGAUCCACCCCCAGGAAUGACGCUCAAUGAGAAAAGCGUACAGAACACCAUCACACAAUGGAUUGUAGAUAUGGAAGGUGCACCUGGCACGUUGUAUGAAGGAGAGAAAUUUCAGCUGCUUUUCAAAUUUAGUGGUCGAUAUCCCUUUGAUUCACCUCAGGUAAUGUUCACAGGAGAGAAUAUACCUGUCCACCCACAUGUGUAUAGCAACGGUCACAUCUGUUUAUCUAUUCUGACGGAAGACUGGUCACCAGCCCUUUCUGUGCAAUCAGUUUGUCUUAGUAUUAUCAGCAUGUUGUCCAGCUGCAAAGAAAAGAGACGACCACCUGAUAACUCUUUUUAUGUAAGAACAUGUAACAAAAAUCCAAAGAAAACAAAAUGGUGGUAUCAUGACGAUACAUGCUAAUGUACAAACUUUGUAACAAUCGUAGAAGAAAGAAGUCCUACUGACCUACAUAAAGCACUUUUUAAUCAUUCAGUCUUUGAACUCUGACCUUUGACUGGAAUAACGGACACCAUGCGCUGGAGGCUCCUGACUGCAUUUUCCAAGCGGGCAGUUGGCUGCAUGUUUUAGUCGGUUGUAACAUAGAAAAUUAAAAUGAACCGAGAUUUAGAAGUUUCCAGGAUGUAUCGUUUUUGGCAGACAGGACAUAAACGCAGCAGGUUUCGCAGAGAGACGAUUUAGAAAUUCCAGUUUUGCCGAGUUAUUACUUUAUUUGUGCGUUGGGUGCAUUUUAAAGGUACUUGUGUUGUGCAAUACCGACUGAUGGAUGCAUGUUGGGGCCUGCAAAGAGAAAUCCUAAUGUAAUUUUCUUCUAGAAGGGAUCUGACCAUUAAGCCCCAAGAAAAUGCUUCAUCUGGUUUUUUUUUUUGUUUGGUUUGUUUUUUCAUGAUUAUUAUUUUUAUUGUUAUGCACUGUGAAAGUUAUCUGGUUUGAAAAGGAACUAUUCAUACGUUAUUCGUCACUUGCAGAUAUACUGUAAGCCGCCAUUGUUUGAAACAACUGCAUCGAGAUUACACAAUUUUUUUCUUCAGCUUCCACCUGGUUGCUGUUCUUCCUUCUGUGGUACAAAUGAGGAUAUAACAGAAAAGGUGACGCAUCUGCAGUCAUCCGAGGCCCUCGGCGCACAUCUCCUCAAGAGGUUGGGGUAGUUGUCACUAGUCCAGCCUUUAAGAUGUGCAGCAGCCUCUCUUCCACUUAAAGAAUGUCUGUAAGAGAAUAUUGAUUCAUUUUUAUAUGUACGAUUAUAUAUAUAUAUAUAAAUAUAUAUGCAUAUAUAUUUAUGUAUUUUUAAAUUAACAUGCUUUAAUUUUCUGUCUUUGAAACAUUUGAUUUUAAAUCUGCUUUUGUACUUUUUUCUGACUAGCUGAUGCAUUGGAAUGGGGGUUUUGUGUUUUUUUUGAAGGGUCAGUAUGGUUCCUCUUGAUGUUCCUUUGCUACUUGUCAUUUAAUUUAAAUUCUCGUUUGAUCUCCAGAGCAGCACCGAAUGAGGAAAAAGGAGUCGCUAAGAAAGCUUUUGUGACGUUCCCCCUGUCAGAGUUUUGGCUCAGGUACUUUUUCAAUAAAGAGAUCACAUCUAAAAAGAUACCUAUUAAAUAUUUUGAAUUUAACUAUAUUUUCACCAAAAGAGACUGUUAUGUUGUAAACUUAAUGCAUUGUCUGAAAAUGUUGUAUAUAGUUCUUUAAAAUGUUUUGACAAUGCAACAGAACACUGCAUAGGAUGCAUUUAGUGUCUGGGUGAAUCAUAAAGGUAGUGCUUUAUUUCACUGGAUGUUAGUCUGCAUCUUUUGCAAAUUUUGGUAUGUAUAGUGAGCUGCAGGCUUAAGUUGGUACAAAAACAUUUAAAAGUUAGUAGUUUUACAGUGCAUGCAAUUUUAGACCGUACCCUUUCAUAUAGACAUCAAACACUGUAAGGACUUUUAGUUUUUCCAGCCUGUAGAGAGUGUUUUUUAUUUUUUAUUUUUCCAGAUUAAUAUCACUAAGAGCUCACCGUUAGAGGCGGUGCUCAGUUCAGGCUGUAAUCACUCCAUUCCUAAUCAAACUUUUAUCCGGUAAGAUACUUGAAUUUUCCAACUUGAAUUCAUAUGAACCUUUUUUUUUGGGGGGGGGGGGGGGUCUGGAGGAGUUUCUUGAAUGAGAUUGAGUGAAUGUGAUAAUGCCACAGCUAUCUAAAAAAACAACAACUAUAUAACCAAGACAACUAUUGGAGGAUAUUUUUUCCUAUCAUAAUGGGUGUAGACUGUCAUUGUGCUUUGAGGACAAAAGGUUGUGAAGAAAAUUUAAAUGCAGUCAGAACAGCAAGUAUGCAGAGACAGAAAAGGCCUUCAUCCAGCAGGUGGGAUCAGGAGUUUUUAGAACUUGAGUGAGGAUGUUACAAUAUUUUUUUGGUUUGUUUGUUUUCUCAUGGUUAUUUCGGUUAUCUUUUUUGUUUUUUUUUUCCCGACGUGUUUUGAACUUUUAGUUUGCAGGUUGUUGUGAGUGAUAAACACUAAUGAGGGUGUGUUAUUUAUAUUUAUUUUUUUCUGGGAUGUGCAAGCUCCAUGUAAAAGGUGCCUGUUCAUUUUCGUAAUCAACAAUAAAGCAAAAAUUCACUUUUAACGU